GAGAACUUGUGUGCUUUGGAGGGAACUGGCCUGGGCAAGUCUUCGGCUUAGAUUCCCCUGGCCAGUGCGAUGUGCCCUUAGACUUGGGGCCGGUGACGGCAUUUUCUGCGGGACACGAGCAUUCUUGUGCCAUUAAAGCGGAUGGGGGUCUGGUUUGUUUUGGUAUGAACUUCGCUGAGCAAUGUGAUGUACCUGAAGAUUUAGGUCCAGUUCAGGCGGUAUCUGCAGGCCGGUAUCAUACUUGCGCCAUCGCAACAAGUGGUGAGUUGGUGUGUUUUGGGUGGGAUGAAGAUGGCCAGUGCCAAAUUCCCAGCGAACUGGAGACAGUUGGAGCUGUUUCGGCGGGGGGCUCCCACACAUGCGCAGAGAAGCGCGACCGACAUGUGGUCUGUUUUGGGUCGAAUGAUGAAGGCCAGUGCGACGUACCUGCUGAUUUGGGGGCAGUUAGGGCUGUAUCUGCAGGCUACUCUCACACCUGCGCCAUCAGGAGAGAUGGUGAGCUGGUUUGCUUUGGAGGAAAUGACGAUGGGCAAUGUGAUGUCCCUGCUGAUCUUGGGCCAGUUGUGGCAGUGUCUGCGGGCGGUGAACAUACCUGCGCCAUACGGACAACAGGCGAGUUAGUCUGCUUCGGUUGCGGGGAAGAGAAUGAGGGUCAGUGCGACGUACCAGCCAGCUUAGGCCCAGUUGUGGCAGUUUCUGUGGGUGUUGCGCACACCUGUGCCAUGACAGCAGGUUGGCAGCUAGUUUGCUUUGGACUAAAUGAUGAUGGCCAGUGUGAUCUGCCGUUGGACAUGGACGCAGGUGCAGCUUGA